AUGAGACGCCGGACUCCGGGCUCCCUGGUCCUGCUCCUCCUGUGGGUGCCUCUGAUCCGGGGUCAGAAGGUCAACGGCGGCGACGGGAGGCCGACCUGCAGGCGCUGCGACCUCCAUCUCUGCUGCAACUGCUCCUACAGCGGAUUCACCAGCGUUCCCAUGAUACCAGACCAGGCGCUGAGCCUGGACCUGUCCUUCAACAACAUCACCAUGGUGACCCAAACGGACCUGACGGGACACUCCCGGCUGAGGGCUCUGGAUCUCCAUGGUAACCGGUUAGCUGAGAUCCAUCCGUCAGCGUUCGACUCUCUGUGGAGUCUGGAGGAACUGGACCUGUCUGACAACCAGCUGACGUUUCUCAACCCCAACUGGCUCAAAAAUGUGACGAUUCUGGAGCGUCUGAACCUGCUCAACAAUCCGUACAGCCGUCUUGGUUCCCCUUCGAUGUUCUUUGGACUCGUCAGACUGAGGCGGCUGAAGUUUGGAGGUCCAGACCUGAAGGAACUACGGAGAACAGAUUUGUUUGGAGUCACAGAGCUGGAGGACCUCACUGUCCACGCGAACAACCUGGCCAGUUAUGACUCUGGCACUUUAGGAGACAUUUGGCCUCUGGGUCGUGUUACCUUAAGCCUCCAUGGUCCGUUUCUCACCAACGUGACCUUGGCUGCAGCUGUGCUUGCAGAUGUGUCGUACCCUGAGACUCCGAUCGUUCUGCAGGACAUCGAUGUGACUGGGAUUCAGUCUGUCCAGUCCUUCAGAGAGUCAGCCAAAAAGAGGAUCAGAUCUCUUUCUUUCCGUAACUUUUCUGUGACCGAUGCCUCGCUUGUCGACUUCCUGAUGGUGAUGAAUGGAGCCCCGCUCUCCUAUUUUCACGUGGAAGACGUCACGUUGACGGGCAUAGGGAGGUGGGAGAAAGCCAAUAAAACUGAUUACAAAAGCAUCGACGAGUUCUUCCUCCGAAAUGCUGUGGUGGUAGACGUCUACAAGUUUGUUUCAUUCCUCCAGCUGGGUUUUCUUCUGAAUUACCCCAGGAAGGUGUCCGUCAUAAACUGCGAGGUGUUUGUGAUGCCCUGCGAUACGUCCAAGCUGCUGGAGAACCUGCAGUACCUGGAUCUGUCUGACAAUCUGCUGACCGACCUGACCAUGGCAGAAUCGCUUUGUCAUGGAGCGCCAACGCUGAAAGAACUCAGAGUUUUAAACAUAAGUGGAAACCCUCUGAAGUCUUUGUCACUGAUUAGCCAUCUGGUGGCCAACCUCCUGAAGCUGACCCACUUGGACGUCAGCAGAACUCUCUACAGCUCAAUGCCCUCGGCUUGCUCCUGGCCCUCCCCUCUGAAAUACCUCAACAUCUCCAGAGCUAAGCUAACCACCACCACUUCCUGUCUACCAAGAUCGCUAGAGGUGCUGGAUCUGAGCUACAACGAUCUCACAGGUUUCUCCCUGGACUUGCCUUUACUGAGGGAACUGUACCUCUCUGGGAACAAGUUCCUAGGUUUACCCGCUGGACAAUCCUUUCCAAACCUACAAACGCUUACAAUGCAGUUCAACACCCUGAACAUGUUCGGCCUCCCAGAGCUUCAGUCUUUCCGGCGGCUUGAGAACCUCCAGGCUGGUUACAACAAGUUCAUCUGCACCUGCGACUUUGUUAACUUUCUCCAGUCACAACUAAAACAAAAAGGAAAUGUCAAGCUAACAGACAGAAAGGACGGCUAUGUCUGCGACUCCCCUCUCCACCUGAAGGGAGCGUUAGUGAGUCAGGUCCGUCUCUCGGUGGAGGUUUGCCACCGGGUUCUGUUUGUCUCUGUGAGCUGCGGCGUGGCCCUGUUAGUUGGGUUGCUGCUUUGUGCUCUGCUGUGGCGACUCCACGUCUUCUGGUACCUGAAGAUGACCUGGACCUGGCUCAAGGCAAAGCGAAGUUCCCGAAGACAAAGAAGAGCUGCAGACUCAGAAGCGCUGCUGGCCUUUGAUGCUUUUGUCUCCUACAGUGAGAGGGAUGCUGGCUGGGUAGAAAACUUCCUGAUACCUGAGCUGGAGGAGCCAAGUGAGGCUGGUUCCAGUGGUACCAGCUCUUCUGGGCCGUUGUCCUUGUGUCUCCACAAGCGAGACUUCCUUCCUGGACAACCGAUCAUGGACAACAUCAUGAGCGCCAUCGAACGCAGUCGUCGUACUAUCUUCGUCCUCUCCGAGAACUUCGUCCAGUCCGACUGGUGCCGCUAUGAACUGGACUUCUCCCACUUCUGGCUGUUUGAGGCCGGCGGAGACGCCGCCAUUUUGAUUCUGCUGGAGCCGCUGUCCAAGGACGACGUCCCCAAACGGUUCUGCAAACUGCGUAAACUCAUGAGCUCCACCACCUACCUGGAGUGGCCUGAAGAGGAGGAGAGGAGGCCGGAGUUCUGGAGGAGUCUCCGCAUCGCUCUGACCGGAGACAAUGACUGACAAAUAGAGCUUGAACAUCGAGGGGAAGGAAAAAUAUCAGAUGCACUGAGGACUUUCUCGUGUAACUUAACCAAAAUAUUCAUGAAAAACUUAACCAUUUGUGUAUUUUUGGGAAAGUGAAAUGUGCAACGCUGUUGGGCAUUCUGCUGGCUGGUGUUUGCAAAGCAACCAAACCACAAGUGGAUUUUAUUUUCCUUGGUUCCUAUUGGCUGAACCCCCAAGAGUGGAAAUAAAUAAGAUGUUGGAUUUUAGCUUGUGCAGUAGCUAACAUGACUUUCACUGUGCGUAUUUAUUCAUGCUGAGGGACAUUUGGUGUUUGAACUACUAAGAAAGACAUCUACACUCAGUUUUAGUGGGAAUAAAUGAUGUAAUUAAUGUUAAACUAUGAUCCAAGGUGAAUCACUGAACCAUAGAAACUGGAAAACAUACUAUAAAUAAUGCCUUGAAUAAGAUUAAUAACACAAUUAAAAGAUGCAUUGGGCAUAUUGAAAAAUAAAAAAACGUACAAAAGAACAAUGCUGAAACUAUUCUGCCAAUAAUAUCUUCUAAAGAGCAACUUGACUUGAUGACAAAUGCUUUUUAUUCAUAAUGAACAAUUAUAAAUUGUGGC